GCUAUGGGUGGAGUGAUGGCACCGGCUUCGACUACGUGAAUUGGCAAGACGGCGAACCGAACAGCGAAAGCGAACAAUGUGCCGAAUUCUAUCCCGGAUCCGGGAACUGGAACGAUGCCGAGUGUUCGAACACGAGAGCUUUCAUUUGCAAAAUCUUAAAGAUCCAAGAUGUUGAACCGACAAACCCGACCAUUAACCCGCCGCCACAAUAUUCCACGUGGAAACCUGGCCCGGGCUCCCUGAACGCGGGAGGAAUCGUCGGCAUCGUCAUCGCGGUCUUGUUCGUGGUGGCUGGCGUUGGCUUCGUCGGGGUGACUUACAUGAAGAAGAAGCCGAAGCCGGUGUCGAAUAACGGCGCGUACAGUUUCGACAACGCCCUCUAUUCCGAAAGCUAUGACGGCGCCGGCAGUGUGACUGUGGGCAGCGCGUCAACUGCAGUCAGCUUUGAGAAUCAGGCACUGGACACCGAUGCCUGAGGGGCGGGGCAUGCAUAAACCACGCCCCCUUCCCCUCCCACUCCUCAACUGCCUUUUGUUUCUUCUCUGUAUUUUUUUUUUUCUCUACUUUUUUGUUUUGUUUAUUAUUGUUGUUUUUGCAAGGAUGGGGUGUGGGAGGAGUAUUAUUGUUUGUAUUUUUUUAUUGGCAUUGAUAUUGUUAUUACAGUUGUUGUUUUUAAUAUUGUUUUUUUAUUGUUAUUUGUAUUGAAAUUACUAUUAUUAUUAUCAUCAUUAUUGUUAUUAUCGUUAUUAUUAAUAUAAUUAUUAUCAUUAUUAUUACUGCUACUACUACUACUACUAUCAAUUAUUGCUAUUGCUACUAUUAUGUAAUUCAUUUUCACACCUUUUAGAAUUGCCUCUGGGUUAUCACAACUUUUUUUAUUCCAUAAUGUCACUUUUUGCGUAAUUCUUCAGAGGUGCACUUUUACAGGAGAUUAGAGAAGAAACCAUUUUUUAAAAUAUAAAUCAAGAAAUAUUCAUAAUACAUUCCAUGAUUGUUUUGUCAAAAAAUGGAGUAAACGUGACGGUUCUGAUAAUAAAACCAUAGACAGUAAUAAUAACAUUACAGUUGUUAUUCAGUAUGUAACAGUAUACAGCAAUACAUGUUCAUUUCCCCUCAGAAAAAAACGAAGGACUAAAAAUACUUUUGUCUUUAGUUAUAGUUCAUUAAGUGUUAGUUUUAGUUAUGUAAUGAUUGACUGAAAGAUCUGAUUUUUUUAGAAGUAAUGUUUGUUUGUUUGUUUGUCGUAAUGUAAUCUUCGCCAAUUAAAUAUAAGGAACGAUUU